AUGGCAGUCAGCAGCGGCAGAUACCGUCCGGUAUUCUGGAAACUUACCGCAGAGAAUCGCACGCUAGACUACGAAAGUACUCUCCUACAUACACCACUAGCACUGCGUCCUCCAGUAGCAAGACAUUCUUUCAAACCACAUGUGUUGGUUUCAUCAAUUUUACCUCGGCUUUCGCAAUUUUGUCAUUGCUUGGCCAAGGCCAACAUCAGCAUGGCGUUAGGCUCACAGUCUUACACACAAGCCACAAUCGAUUACCCGCGGUCCAAAAGAUACUAUGCUGAAGUCUUACGCCGUGUCCACGGCCGUGUUAGACUUUACUACCAGCAGUUCGGAUCAACGCCAACAUGCUAUAAUCUUGUAUUAGUAGUUCGCCGGUGGGUUGGAUCCGCGCGCAACGGCACGCUGAUCGUGCGCGAGACAUGCUGCACUGUUAUAGUGAGUCCCGAAAUUUUGGGACGAUUGACCGGCGGCUAUCAGGCCAUAUUUACUGUGGACUGGAAACUUCGGCACGGCAUUCCUGCCCAACAAGAGAGCCGGGGCAUGUCACAGUCUGGGCAGCUGAAAUCGCUUGAGACGAAUUGUAUUCGCGAAACUUGUCCUUUAACAGCGAAGGCGUCGCCAGCCACGUUUUCGGGAACCGAUGUUCCCACCGUGAACGAUCGUUUAGACGACUCGCAUGUUCAAUGCUGGUUCUGGUAUUUAGAUAGCUCUUUUCGCGCUGAACCAUUGUCUCAGGUCUUUUGAGCAGCUGCUCUGUCCAUGAUGGUACAUCAUGUACCGAGAUUCAAUGUCGCUAGAUCUACUUGCUGUUUUCAUAAACUAAGGUCUUGGAGGCUCUGAUUA